AUGUCUCUGAGACGACUUCUCAACCCGACGGACGAUGACGCUGGAGACGAAUGGCCAGAUGAUAUGCGGCGCGUUCGUCCGCGACUAGGAGGGCCUGUUGACUGGGCUCUAAAUCCAACAGAGGACCAUCCCGACCAGAUGGUCUAUCCAACAGACAUGUCAUUCAAUCACUCCUUCGCUGAUCAAGACAUGAUGUUUGUAAAUCAGCUGGUACCUAUUCCGGGACUAGACGCCAUUUCCUUCGAUCAAACCUCCUUUUUACAGCCGGUGCCUGAUGAUGUAGGAUUGAGUGGUACAUCCAUGACAUCAACGCCUGGGCUUGAAUUUAUCGAUGGACCAGUAGGUAACGUUGACGUUUCGAUGGUAGACGUCGCUUCCAGUGUGCAGGAAGAGCAGGUGUGCUAUGGCAUGGUUGGUCAUAAUCCCCUGCAUAAGCAUCAGAUAUUAACGUUUACCCAGCUCGUCCACGAGAAGGUUAAAUUAGUCGGAAUAAGUCAAGACCUAGAAACUAAAAUACUAGCACUCAAAGAGACCAACCAGCAUUUUCAAACCCUUACCAUUCAACCGUCUAGCGAUGGGCCACUCUUCCUCAGGUUUCCUGACGGCACAGAUCUAGGUUAUCUAUCUAAAAAGAUGGAACAGGCGUUGCAAGGGCUUAUCGGUCGGCCCUUGUUCGAGAUCGAUGCUCUCACCAAUCUCAAUUCUCUCAUCGAUUCCCUGCGUCGUGCUGGGAAACCGAGUGAUGCGGCGGCCCGCGUGAGCAUCAACGUUUAUGGGAGAGAAUCUGACCGCGACAAAGUAGGGAGAGAGCUUUCAAACAAAGAUCUCUUCCUCCAACACCCCGAUGGCUGUCGUGUAGGGGUUAAAUAUGACAAUCCACAUAUCCUACACUUGGAUGGUAUGGAUGAGACAGAUACCGAUGAAGAGGACGAAGAGGAUGUUAUUGAGGUGGAUGUGGCGGAAACUACGCCUGAGCAGGAAGAGGGCCUCAGGGAGACGCUUGACGAGGUCUUUAAUUCACUAACACGAGGUGAUCACCUUAGGCAACUAGGAGGGAGCGAGACAUUGAAUAGGACCUUAUAUCAGUCAGUCACCAAUUAUCUUGCACCUUCUGCGCUAGGCUGGAAGCUAAUCUGUGAUAUUCCAGACGAAUAUCGCCUCUGGCAGCCAAAGCCUAUGGCCCGGGGGCAACUGUAUUUCCAUGUCAUCACCGGCAACGAGCAGCAUGAGCAACCCGACGAAAGUGGUGGAGGGAUCCUUGCUGAUGAGAUGGGCAUGGGAAAGUCCCUUACUACUUUGGUUCUUAUGGCAAAGACAUUGCAAGAAGCACGCCAAUGGGUCGAGCAUGCAAAGGCUCUACCAGGAGCUUCCCUUGCCGAGACGCCUACUCGAGCGACGUUGGUCAUUGUUCCUUCGCGCGGACCCUCACCCCUGAAUCAUAUAGGUAGGCUAACUUCCAAAGUGUUGAUUAACACUUGGGAAAGGGAGAUUGACGAUCACCUAAAUGCUGGCAUAAAGAUGAUGAGAUACCAUGGACGAUCACGGAAGGACCUAAUUAGCAACAUCGACCGAUAUGAUAUUGUCAUUACCACGUAUAACACUCUGGCAAAGGAGCAUGAUGCAAAGAUCCUCGGAAAGGGCCAAAGCCCGCUACAUGACUUUGCGUGGUAUCGAGUUGUCCUGGAUGAAGCCCACAUGAUACGUCGCCGUAGCACAACCUUUCAUAGGGCUGUGGUUGAACUGAGAGCCAAAUCACGCUGGUGUCUCUCGGGAACUCCUAUUCAGAACAGCUUAGGCGACCUAGGCUCACUAUUGGCCUUUAUACAACUAAAGCCUUUCCACGAUCCCAGAAACUUUAGUCACUGGAUAGCUAAUCCUUUUGGAGUCAGGGCGACCAAGCGAAAGGCAAUCGAGAGGCUCACACACCUUCUGGAAGCUGUCUGUCUCAGGCGAACGAUUGAGCGCGUUGACUUGCCAGGUCAACGAUCAGAAAUACGUCUCGUGCAAUUUACUCCUGAAGAACGUGCUAAGUAUGAGCUUACAAGGAAAGACAUGAAGCGUUUCAUCCACCAACAAGCUGGGGAGUACAAUCAGCAAGCAGAGACAUUUGGUAUGUUUCAGGUCUUUCUGCAGCUAAGGAGCUUUUGUAAUCAUGGAACGUACCAGCCCCGGUUCUCUUGGGCUAAGAGAAACCUGCUGGAGGAUGAAUUGGACCCCGUCUGUUCGAUGACAAGAGAUAGCCUGAACCGCUGCUCAGGUUGCCGACAGCCUUUGCCGGUCAUACCACAUGACAGACGGCCAAAGUAUGUAGAAAGUUGCAAGCACGUCCUAUGUGACGACUGUUCUUGGGGCAGCAGCACUCAUCCAGACCCAGAGGAGAGGCGUCACUGUCCACUAUGUGAAUCUCUUAGGGGGGCACGUUAUCGUGGCCAUAUACCUGGCGCGUCAAAUCAAAGAAACCGAGACGAUGCAGAUUUUCUGAACGCGGACGGUUAUUCAUCCAAGAUGAGGGCGCUUAUAUCCGAUGUGCAGAGAGAUAUAAGGACAACCAAGAGUAUCAUUUUCUCAUGCUGGACACGGACCCUUGACCUGAUCGCCAAGCAUCUGAAAGCUUCACGUAUAGAAUUUGAGCGCAUUGACGGCAAAACAUCAACAUCUCAGCGCCAAAAGAUACUUGACAGAUUUGAUGGCACCAGGACAGUCCCCGUGUUGAUCAUGACAACAGGCACAGGAGCCUUCGGGCUGAACCUACAAUCCGUCAAUCGGGUAUUCAUCGUCGAGCCGCAAUGGAAUCCUAGUGUUGAGAGCCAGGCUAUUGCACGCGCAAUUCGCCUCGGUCAGGAGCAGCAAGUCCUAGUUACCCGCUACCGUGUUGAGAACAGUAUUGAAGAGGCCAUGUGCUCUCAACAAACGCACAAAUUGAAGAUCAGCCAGAUGGACUUCAAAAAGGACCUGGAAGCAUCUCCUACUGGUGAUGAAGGAGCCUCUGACCAGCCUUCAGAUAUCCAGUAA